AUGAAACUCUUCUCAAUUACUGCCAUCAUUACACUCCUUUCGGCUGCAUCUUCCUCUUCAGCUUUGGCCAUUCCUGGAGUCCUUAACCAAAACCCCUUUGGCUCCAGCGGUCUUUCAACCGAUGAUAAACCUGUUCCUGGUGACUCUCCAGUUGAAAUUUGUGACCCCUUCGUCCCUAAACUUUUGACUGUCGAACAUGUUGACCUCUCUCCUAACCCCCCAGAGCGUGGUGCUAACCUUACCAUUGUGGCCUCUGGUGUCCUUCAUACUACAAUUAAGGAGGGCUCUUAUAUUGAUGUUGAUGUGCGUUACGGCUUUAUUCGCCUUUUGACUCAAACUUUUGACCUUUGUGAACAACUUAAGGAAGUCGACCUCGAAUGCCCUCUGCCUCCUGGACCCCUCCACAUCACUAAAACUGUCGAACUUCCCAACGAAAUCCCUGCAGGAAAGUAUAUUGCUGUUGCCAGAGCUUACACUGAUGCUCGUAAACCCAUCACUUGUCUUUCUGCUGAAGUCAACUUCCCCAUCCCUAAUAUUCAAUAA